AUGAGUUCCCAAUCGGCACCGUUAACUUCAACGCCGGCAUUCCUGGCCCGGUAUCUAUCACUCGCUCAACCGGCCGACAAAAUACAGGUGACGUACGUGUUCUCGCACCCGGCUAAAGAUGGUCUUGAGCAUUUAUGCAACAAGAGCAGGGUCAUCGACUUUGUGCCUAAACAGGCCUCAGACCUACCCGUAUGGGACUGCGGGUUAGUCACCGACACCGUCACCGAAAUGGUGUUACGACCCGUACGGCUAUACAACGACCCCUUCCGCGGGGGUAAUAAUAAGCUGUCAUGCCGGGAGGCCAUGGAAGCGGCUAAGGGUGAGCACCCGUGGUUUGCGUUGGAACAGGAGUAUCUGCUUCUUGAUGCCAGCGAUAACUGGCCCCUGGGGUGGCCUAAGGGCGGGUAUCCCGAGAGUAUAUCGUCCCCUAACGUCCACUACCUCUAUGGCGUCGGUGCGAACAUACAGUGCGGUCGCGAUGUAAUGGAAGCCCACUUCAGGGCCUGUCUGUACGCCGGGGUUAAUAUUAGCGGUGAAAAUGCUGAGGCGAUAACUGGCCAAUGGGAGUACCAGGUGGGCCCGUGUGAGGGUAUCUGCAUCGGCGACGACGUACUCAUGUCUCGAUACCUACUGCACAGAGUGGCCGAAGACCUACGCAUUGCCGUAACCUUUGACCCGAAACCCAUACCCAAUACGCCGGGCUCUGGCGCUCACAUGAACUUCAGUACAGAGAAAAUGCGUGCAAAGGGAGGGCUGCGUGAGAUUGAGAGGGCUAUCGAAAAGCUUAGUAAAAGGCAUGCGAAACAUCUCGCCCUCUAUGACCCCCACGAGGGCGCCGAUAACGCCCGGCGCCUAAUUGGGUCCCAAUUUUACGGGUCGGAUAUGAAUACGUUUACGUCAGGUGUGGGCAAUCGCGGGGCCAGUAUUCGCAUACCUAAACGGGUGGCACAGGAGGGCAGAGGUUAUAUGGAGGACAGGCGACCGGCAGCUAAUUGCGACCCCUAUAUGGUGGCCGAGGCUCUCGNUGGAGGAUAA